AUGUGCAGACUGCAGAAAUUGUAUGGAAUGUUAUCCAUUUUUUCUUUGAAUGUAAUCCAUUUCGAAUUUUACAUGCAGAAAAAAUGCAUUUAGAGAGGAAUAAUCGGCUUAUAUUAUAUGAGAAACUGUAUGUACGUACACCACUUUCGACAUUGUUUAUUUAAACCAAAAAGAAUCAUAGAUCUAAAGCAAAUAGUGGUUAAGAAAAAUAAAAAUAUAAACACACACAGAGAUUUAUCGAUCGAUACCCUGCGAAAAGAAGUAAAAAAGUUCCAUUCAGUUUCAUUUGAUGUGCAUAACACUGGUAAAUUCGAAAUCUCUUUGUGAAUUCAAUCAGUUCAGAUAAGCAUUAAAACUUGAAUCAAGUUUGAUAAGUUUACUAAAUUUAUAAAUCAUAAAUAUUUAACCAAUUUUAGUUUAGGCUAUUAAUAACAUUUUUGUAAUAACAUUUUGUGUCUACCAAUUAUUUUAAAAUCGAGAUUUCAAUUUAUCAAUCCAAAUCUAACAUUAAAACAAUAUGAAAAAUAACCCUAGCAACUCUAUCAAGAAAUUCAUUAGUAACCUUAAAACCCUUUAAAUCUAACAAGUGAGUUACUCAAACAUGAUCAAUGAAACACAAUUCAUACUCUAAAUAAACUACAUUAAUAAAUCCAAAUAAAGAGUUAAAGGAGUUCAAAAAUUAUAGUAAAUGAUAUAUCAUUGUUUAUUUUAUCGUCAAAUGAUAUAUAUAAUGGUUAAAAACACGUAAAAGUCAUGAUAUAUUAUUAUUUACUAUAUUUCUUAAAUUUUAAAGCCACAUAUACAUUGCUUCAAUUAUCAGAUUUACUGAUUUUCCUAGAUACACGUUAGUAGUCGUAUAUCUAGAGACAAUUUACAUUAGUCUUUUGUAAAUAUCUUUAAUCUUCUACGGAUAUGUUUACGGAAUAAACAGUUUAAACCCUAGUUGGGAAAACUUAAUAAGCAAAGUAGUUAAUCUGAAAGUAAAAGACCCUAAUGGCUAACCAGGAGAAGCUUCCGUGGGAUUUGACUGAAGAGAUCCUCUCUUGUGUCCCUCCUGAAUCUCUUGUCCGGUUCAGAACCGUCUCCAAACAAUGGAACGCUCUUUUAAGCGACAAGACGUUCAUAAAAAAACACAAGACCAAGAUGACGUAUCGAUUCAUCUUAGCAACCAAAUCCAAGAUUUAUUCGGUAAGCGUCAAUCCAAAGAUCGAGGUGCAUGACUUGACGUUAGAUAUUCCUGCUUUAGAACCUCAUGAGUUACCUAGACGCUUGAUGGAUUGCGAUGGGCUUUUGCUAUGUGACAUGGGUAAAAGAGGCAUGGUUUCGAACCCAUGGUUAAGACAGACUAGAUGGGUCGAGCACGAGGGUAACCAUAGUAGUUUUGAAUUCUGUGGCAUAGGUUAUGAUGAUGAUAAUGGUUACAAGACCCUUGGGACUCAUCGGACGGAACUAGAUCCUACAAAGACAUUUUGGAAAACCCUUGAUUUUUCAUCCGAUGCAUGGAAGGAACAAAGAGGUGUGAUGAAGUCUAGUACUAGUAGUACUACUGAGGAUGCUGUAAUUGCUUUUUACAGUACCAGUGGUGUGUCUUUGAAUGGAACUUGGUAUCGUGUUGCUUCUUAUAACGAAACCAAGUACUCGUACUUCAUAGUUAACUUCGAUUUUACUAAGGAAACAUUCAACCAAUUGUGUGAUCUGCCAUGUGAGGAUAACAAGCAUGAGGAUGCUCUUGUUCUUAGGGUAUUUAUGGGAGAUCGGUUUUCGUUGUUAAAGCAAUCCCAUCUAACAAAGAAGAUUCAGAUUUGGGUGACCAAGAACAAGAUUCAUAAACGGGGUGGUAGAGAUGUGGAAUGGAUGAAUUUCAUGGAAGUGUCAAUUCCUAACUUGCCGGAUUUGGUACAGCCAAGUUACUUCAUCAACGAUAAAACACUUGUAGUGUGUUCUUGCGACAAAGAUGGUCAAGCUUGGAUCUAUGUUGUGGAGAACAAUAACUUGAUCAGUAAAACCAAAAUAGAUCUUGUUGCCGAUAAUUUUUGGCCUUCGCAUUGCUCUUUUAUUCCCAGCUUGGUCUCGGUUCCUGGAGUAAAAAAAGAAGAACCAGAAUGACUAGUUUAAUCUCGUUACAUUCAGCUUCUUGUUUGGUUCUUGAGGACGCUUCGGUUGAUUUGGGUUUUGUUGUUUUCAUUAUUAACAACCUUCUUUGUUGGAAGUAGAGAUUUUGCUAAAUUUCCUUUUUGUUUUGCUUUUAUUUUCUCAGAAUGAUUUCUUUUAUAAUGCUUUGGAGCAAACUAGAUUAUGUUUAACGAAUUCAGUUUAACUCGUGGUUUUGACUUCGAAACGUACGUUAAAUUCUUUUGACUAUAUGGUAGUCGUAUGUACGUACUAUAUGCUCCUAAUUUUAAGAACUACAUUUGUCUCAACACUAAUUAUCAAAAAUAUGCACAGAAGAAACAUGCACCAUCUACUUACUAGCAGCACAAUACCACAACGUUCUAAUGCAAGUUUAUCUUGUCCACUAAAGUUUUGCCUCAGAGACAAGUUUGAUCUUUUUUUGUUUAUCUUUGAUCCACUAAAUGUAUAACUUAUUUAUCACCGUCACAAUUAAAAUAGAGAUAUUAAUGGCGAUUCUUGAAAAUACUUAUAAGAUCUCAACAAAACAUAGCGUUUAAAAAAAAAGCCCAUGCACGUAAAUUUUCUUUAUAGUGAUUAGCUACCACCAUAUUGCGCUCCAAAUUCAAGAAAAUCCUUUAAAAACUUUUGGAGAAGGAUUGUCACCGUACUAACAGAUGGUCGAAUCUGCGACUUCUGGCAUUCCUCUUUAUUGUGUGUUCCUAAUUUUUCAAGAACUACAUUGUCUCAACAUUAAUUAUCAAAAAUAUAUAUAGAAACAUGCACCAUCUUCUUACUAGCAGUAAAACACCACAACGUUCUCAUGCUCAUGCAAGUCUAUAUAUUGUCCACUAAAGUUUUGCAUCAGAGACAAGUUUUUUUUUUUUUUGAACAUUGCUUCAGAGACAAGUUUGAUCUUCUUCUUUGUUGACAAGUUUAAUUUUUGCCUUUAUUGAAAGAUAUAACUUAUUUAUCACCUUCACAAUUAAAAAGAUUUUUUUUUUGACAAAAUUCAGAAUUAAAAAGAUUAAUGAUGAUUCUUGAAAAUACUUAUAAGAUCUCAACAAAACAUAGCGUUUAAAAAAAAAGCCCAUGCACUUAGGUUUCGGCAUGGUCGUAUAUAUUUCUUUUUUGUAAACGGAUGGUCUUAUAUUUUCUUUUCCAAAAUAAAUAUGAAAAAUAAAAUAAAACACAUGAUAAAUACGAACGGAGAGAAUAUGGGGGAUCUAAUGUUGGCCUAUAACUUAAAGUCAAACACAAAAUUAACGUCUUUUUUUUUUGAAAAUUGGUUUUGCCCUAUUCACCCCACAAGUUCAUAUAAUUU